GGUUUUUAUUUUAAUAUUUUUUUUCUAUGAACUUGUUAAGUUUUUAAUCCAAAUUCACAAUGUUGUUAAACUGCACACGUCUGAAACACGCGUGCACAAUUUUAAAGAUAUCCCAAAUACCUCGACCGGGCAUUAACAUCAUAAACCAUUCCUUGCGCACAACAAAACUAACGCUAAGGCAACAACCAAUAACAAAAACCACGACAUCGCCACAUUUACUGCUGCUGCGACGGUCAUACCAUCAGCUAUUUAAAGUUAGGCCACCGGCUACAGUGGGGCGCAGUGCGGGCGGGGAGCGACGCUUUAUAAGUUUAAGGAGCUUUCUUCGCCAGGCUGAGAAUACCAAGAACGCCCUAGCGGAGAAUGCGCAAGUGCCAACCAAAGGUGUAAUCAAGAUGGCUCGUUCAAAUUACACGCGUUUGAUGAGUCUUAUGAAGACUGAAAAAUGGACACUGCUAGCGGGUAUUUUGUGUCUGGUGGUCAGCUCAGUCAUAACCAUGACCGUGCCUUGGUUUAUUGGAAAAGUGGUGGACACCAUUUUUAAGAAGCAUGUUGAACAGUCAUCUAACAUGGCGCGUCUGCGUGAAUAUUCCUUAAUGUUAUUUUGGGUAUUUGUGCUGGGCGGCGUUGCCAACUUUGCUCGUGUGUAUUUCUUUGGAACUGCAUCAUUGCGCAUUGUUAAGCGUUUACGCUCAAAUCUCUAUCGCAGCAUGUUGAUGAAGGAGGUGGGCUGGUUUGACACCAAAGGCUCUGGUGAACUGGUGAAUCGUCUUAGCAAUGACACCUACUUUGUGGGCAUUGCCCUAAGUCAAAAUGUCUCUGAUGGCUUGCGCUCUAUGGCCAUGAUUCUAGCUGGUGCCGGCAUGAUGCUUUACACCUCUGUUAAACUCUCGCUGGUCAGCGCCUUGGUGGUGCCUGCCUUGGCGGGCAUGGCCAUUGUUUAUGGUCGUUAUGUACGUCGUAUUACACGCGCUGAAUUGGACAAAUAUGCGGAGAUCAUGAAGCAUGCCGAGGAGCGUUUUGGCAAUGUGCGCACUGUCAAAUUGUUCUGUCGCGAGCCCAAGGAGUGCGAGCAGUUUGAUAGCAAACUUGAUGAGGCUGUGGCCAUUGCCUACAAGGAGACACGUGCCAGGUCAAUUUUCUUUGGUUUGACUGGAUUCUCUGGUAAUUUUAUCAUCAUAUCUGUGCUCUACUACGGUGGCACUUUGGUUUUAGACGGUGAACUGACGGUUGGCGCCAUGACCUCCUUUAUGAUGUACGCCGGCUACGUGGCCGUUUCUAUGAACACAUUGUCUUCAUUUUACAGCCAACUGAACAAAGGCGUUGGCGCAUCCGAACGCAUUUGGGAAAUAUUCGAUCGCGACCCAGCUAUACCGUUGGACAAGGGUCUGGUGCCAGAUAGCAAACCCAAUGGCGAGAUUAAUUUCCAAAAUAUUGAAUUCUCGUUUCCAUCGCGACCCGAGUCUAAAGUUUUGACGAAUUUCAAUUUGACGCUGCAACCGAAUCAAACUACGGCCAUAGUGGGUCGUUCCGGCUCGGGUAAAUCUACGACAGCGCUGCUGAUGAUGCGUCUCUAUGAUCCGGACGAUGGUGCGGUGUAUCUGGAUGGUGUGGAUAUGCGCUCGUUGAAUCCACACUGGCUGCGCAGCAAUAUAGGCGCCGUUAGCCAGGAGCCUGUGCUUUUCUCGGGCAGCAUACGUGAUAAUAUACUUUAUGGCAUGCAUCCGGAUGAUCCCGUUAACGAAGAAACUCUGGAACAAGUGGUGCGUGACUCCAAUGUUAUUGAGUUUACCAGCCAGCUGCCGGACGGUCUGAAUACAUUGGUGGGUCAGCGUGGCAUGCUGCUCAGUGGUGGACAGAAGCAGCGAGUGGCUAUUGCCAGAGCUCUUAUUAAGAAUCCCACCAUUUUGGUUUUGGACGAAGCUACUAGCGCUCUGGAUUCCGUAUCGGAGCAAUUGGUGCAGAGCGCCAUUGAUAGACUAAUACAAGGACGUACUGUGCUCACAAUUGCGCAUCGCUUAAGUACCAUUCAACAUGCGGACAAGAUUGCUGUGCUUGACAAUGGUCGCAUUGUGGAGCAGGGCACUUAUGAGGAACUAAUGCGUGAUCCGCAGGGUGCCUUCCGGGAGCUGGUUUCCAUGCAGGCAUUUGGUGGCGGAAUUUAAAGAUAUAGAGGCUAAUGGGCUUAUGGUGCAGAUUGUUUUUGUGUUCAGUUAUGUCAGGUUUAACGUAUAUAAAAUUUAUAUAUAUUG